UCCCGCUAGCCGCGGCUGCUGCGGGCGGGACGCGGUGGCGGCGCUGGGUCCCCGCGGGGUGACAGCGUGACCGGGCCACGGCCUGACCUCCCCRUCGCUGCCUUCUCGCUAGGAGCGAGCACAGCCCCGCCGCUCCCGCUUCUCAUCGCUCCCGCUUCGCUCCUCGCCGCCCUUCCUUCCCCGGGGGUCGCCGGAGACUGCAAAAUGGCCGACGGGCGGGAUGACGCCGCGGAUCAGCUGAAGCAGUGGAAGACCCAGCGAGGCUCGCAGAAACCAGAUGUCCUCACCACGGGUGCUGGGAACCCCAUUGGGGAUAAGCUGAAUAKCCUGACAGUGGGGCCACGGGGGCCUCUUCUUGUCCAAGAUGUUGUUUUCACUGAUGAGAUGGCUCACUUUGACAGAGAGAGGAUUCCUGAGAGAGUUGUGCAUGCAAAAGGGGCAGGAGCCUUUGGCUAUUUUGAAGUCACCCAUGAUAUCACCCAGUACACCAAGGCAAAAGUGUUUGAGCACAUUGGGAAAAGGACCCCGCUUGCCAUUCGAUUCUCCACUGUUGCUGGAGAAUCUGGCUCAGCUGACACAGUUCGUGACCCCCGAGGMUUUGCUAUGAAGUUCUACACAGAAGAUGGGAAUUGGGAUCUUGUGGGAAACAACACUCCCAUCUUCUUUAUUCGGGAUGCACUUCUGUUUCCAUCCUUCAUCCAUAGCCAAAAGAGGAACCCUCAGACUCAUUUGAAGGAUCCAGACAUGGUGUGGGACUUCUGGAGCCUUCGUCCUGAGUCUUUGCAUCAAGUGUCUUUCCUGUUCAGUGAUCGUGGCAUUCCYGAUGGCUAUCGCCACAUGAAUGGAUAUGGAUCACACACUUUCAAACUGGUUAAUGCUGAUGGAAGAGCAGUUUACUGCAAAUUCCAUGCCAAGACUGACCAGGGCAUCAAGAAYCUUUCUGUUGAAGAAGCAGCAAGAUUGGCUUCCACUGACCCUGACUAUGCCAUACGGGAUCUUUACAACGCCAUUGCCAAGGGGAACUUUCCAUCAUGGUCCUUCUAYAUUCAGGUUAUGACCUUUGAAGAAGCAGAGAAGUUCCCAUUCAAUCCCUUUGAUGUGACUAAGGUUUGGUCACAUAAUGACUACCCUCUCAUCCCUGUGGGAAGGCUGGUCUUGAACAGGAAUCCUGUCAACUACUUUGCAGAAGUGGAGCAGAUGGCUUAUGACCCUAGCAACAUGCCCCCUGGGAUCGAGCCCAGCCCUGACAAAAUGCUGCAGGGGCGCCUCUUCUCAUACCCUGACACCCACAGACACCGCCUGGGCCCCAACUACCUCCAGAUCCCUGUGAAUUGUCCCUUCAGAGCCAGGGUGGCCAACUACCAGAGGGAUGGGCCAAUGACUGUUUCUGACAACCAAGGUGGUGCCCCAAACUAUUAYCCAAACAGCUUCACCGGUCCCGAGGAUCAGCCCAGGCUCAAGGAGAGCUGCAUGUUUGCCUCAGGGGACGUGCAGCGCUUCAACAGUGCCAAUGAGGACAAYGUCACCCAGGUGCGGGACUUCUACCUCAAGGUGCUGAACGAGGCGGAGCGACAGAGGCUGUGCAAAAACAUCGCYGAAAGCCUGAAGGAUGCCCAGCUCUUCAUUCAGAAACGAGCUGUGAAAAACUUCUCUGAUGUCCAUCCUGACUAUGGUGCCUGCAUCCAGGCUUUGCUGGACAAAUACAACGCUGAGGGUGGGAGAAAGGAUGUAAUUAGGACAUACGUGCAGUCCACGACUCCCAUGUCUGUCAAGGAAAGAUCCAACCUGUGAAUCUGCAGAGAUUUGCUCUGAAUUCUGCAUCCUCUCACCUGCACAAGAACCCGUCCAACACUUUAAUGAAUGUAGCAGCCUUGGGCCCAAGCACAGAAGUGUUUUGCAGGGGUGAUUUACUGAACUCCCAAGUGCUGUCUGUACUGGAAACCAGGUAACAUAAGCUCCAGUCCCAGUGCCUUUCAACGCUAGUGCUUUACUGCUUGAUAACAACUUCUGGGAUUUUUAAACUGCUCAUGAUUGGAAAUUGUCUUCAUUUCUAGGAGCAAGCAGAAAUUUAAUCAAAAUACUGUUGGGUUUUUUUUUUCUUGUUGUAAAACUGUCCAGGCUAAAUUGCACAGUAGAAUUUUGUUAAGGACACUGUGAUUGCCCUCAUGGAGAGAUUUGUUAACRUUAAAAAGUUGAUGCUGUUCAGUAUUUCUAAUAAAAUAAUUAUCUGUGUGUAUUUAUAAACACAUCCCUUGAAUUUUAUUUUUGGCCUUCCAGAAAUAAGAUUUUAUGCAGUGGUUUGAGGCAUACCAACAUUUUACUCUUUCUUUCUGAUAGAGAUUAAACUAACUCCAAAAUUUAAUCUAAAUAUAGYUCAAUUUUAUUCCCAAUACAUGUAUUUCAAGAUAAUCUUUGCUUACUAAUGCUGUGUUGGAAUAUAACAGACAUAAGGGAGGUAGCAAAGGAUAUUUUUUACUCGCUGCACUGUACAACUGAAUUGAUUACACCUUACAGCCUUUUCAGGGGUAGGGGAGUAAAUUGUUCCUUCUAAUCUGUGAAAAUUUAAAUAGAAAAAUACUAACAUGCCAAGUGUUUGAGAGAUGAACCUUCAAAUUCAUGAAUAUUGAAAUUCAAGCUCAAGAACUUCCAAAACUAUUCUCAGGGGUUGUUGAAAUCAUUAUUUUACUGCAAUAAUCUGCUAUUGCUAUUUCUUGACCAAGCCAGAGCUAAUUUUCAGGGUUAUCCUUUAAUUAAAACAGGAUGUUUGUGUGAAUAUAUCUAGGAAAUAUAUCUAAAACCUGWUUGUGAAGAAUUAACUGUGGUAGAGAUGCAGUAAAAUAAUAUGAGCUGAUAACCUAUUUUCUGGGGUUCCAUUGGAUUUUCACUUGAUCAGGCAUGUGGGGUUACAYGACUGGCUGGGAAUAAUUUGAGCUGGAACAGAGGAUCCUAAUGAGUUUUGGGAAAGAGUAAACAAGGCCUUAUCUUCUAAUUUUGGUUAUGUCUGCUAAGUGAAUUAUCUUGUUGUCUUUUAUUUCUGAAAUAAAUGGAAUUUAAAAUCUCUUGGCAAAAUGUGUUUUCUGUGCGAAUGUCUUCAAACAGUUGGUGUUAAUCUGGGAAGUUCCUACAUUCCUUCAUCUAUUUUUCUGGAGAUGCUGCAGAAACUGUAAGUUGGAUGUACUUUUUGCAGUUGCCUUUGUUUUAAAAUCUCACAUUUCAACCCCACAGUUGCCUUUAAAUGACUUAAAUGACCUGUGUUCUAUGCUGAACUAGCCAUGACAAGUGUUGUACAGAAAACCUCGCUUUUCCCAAAGCUGUGGAGAGCGUUGGGCAACUCUGGAAGAACAAUGAUGCUAUUUCUUCAAGUAAACAAGACAAUAAAUCCAUUUGCAGCUCCUUAUCCUGAGAGUAAAGAGACUGACAKGACCCAGCCUCAGUUUUGUUUUGAUUUUUGUGUUCUGUUCAAUUAAAACCAAACACACCUUU